AUGGUCAGAAUAAUAAGAACUUUAAACCAGCAUCCUGAAGUCCCAAGAGACGUAACGCACCACCUAAAAAUCCUCACCACCGGAUGGAAAUGGCCAACGGGGGGAAAGUUUAGCCCCUCUCCAAUUAUCGAAAGAUUCACAGAUGCCUGGCUGUUCUAUAGAACCAAAGCAGCUGAAGACACAAAAUUGGCCGUCGAAGCAGAAGCAGAAGCUAAAAGAAUCUGGAGCUGCAAGUGGCCGCUGUGCAAAAAAGAUGCCUGGUGCGAGAAGCAUGGCCUAAAACUGGAAAUCUGUGAGAAGAGAAAACAAGAUUGCCAAGAACUCCACGAAGAAAAAGCUGCUGCCAUCUCAAAAGGAAGGCCUCGGCGCCUGGUCAUCUACCACAGUGCGCUCCAAUACACCAGGAACGGAUUCGCAGCUUUCCCAAUCAGACGCAGCGCGAAAGCGCUGAAUGAACCUCUCAAGAUCUUAGCAGAAAGCAUCACGGAGGUCAAGAAAGGCGACUGGCAGCAAGUAGCAGCCCUAAUUGGACGAACAGCAGCGAAGCUAGACGAUAUAAUCAUCGUUCUGCCAAGCGAGGAAGAUGCAGAAAGCCUCCGUAAGCAGCUCUGCCAAACCAUUUUCAAUGCGAAAUUGGUAACGCUGGCAGAAAGCGAAAACCUUCAUGCAAGAUUCAAGGACGACGAGGAAAGAAUCACAGGCAUCUGGAAAAUCGCGACUGUAGCCUGCGACGGCGAAUACGACUCAGUCUUUAUGCCGUGCUGGGCGCACCCGAGAGUCGCGGAACUAAUGUUCAGAGUCUGCAAUAACCGAGCCACGAAAAACUGGACAAUUGGAGCGGCAAAGAAGUUCCAACUCAGAAGCAAUAAAGCAUCUUGGGAAGAAGUAGCUGCUGAAAAGCUCGACAUAAGCAUCAGCGGCCCAUUCACCACCCAUAUCAGGGACAUCCUCAUGGACGGAGUCAAAGCUGCCGGCAGUUUCACCGCGAAAGAAGAUCUCCCAGCUGCGGAACCGGAAAAUUUCUUUCCGAAUAUCUGGACGCCGGCCCAACAGGAAAGAGUCCAAAGAAAAAGAGAGAAUCGGGAAAUCCUUCCGGCCAUAAAAAACUCGGAAAACAUGAGCAGCAAAAACAGCAUCAAGCAGCCAAAACCCAUCCUCAAGAAGGCCAGGGACGAUCCAGAGGUGGAAGUCGACGAAGAAGAGGGCAAGAUCUUCAGACGCCACCGGGCGAAGGUGGUCAGGGAGUUCACUGCACUUACGGAGGAGCUGGUCAAAGGUCUCUUGGACGAAAGCCUCAAAAUACCUCUCCAGAAGCACAUGGAAGCGAUAGCGGAAGCAUCAAGACUCCUGUCGAAGACGAUCAGAGAAUCCUUCGACGAUCUAGAGGAAGAACACCACCACCAGACGCCAGAAGCCCUCUUCUACUCAGCUCUGAACGUCGCCAGAAACUACGUCGACAUCCCCUGGAUCAUCAGCCUCGUCUACCUCGAGGAAGGCGAAGACAUCGAAGCAGCCAGGCCCAGCUACUGGGACAAGAUCGCCGACGUCAAGGCAAACCGGAACUUCCGGUUUUUAGAGGACAGACCACUCUCCAAGGAAGAACGAAGAGAGACGAGGAGAAGCAUCAGAAAGCAGCUUAUGAGGGAAAAGGGCUGGGAGCACGCGAAAGCGAAUUCCUACGCGGUCAAGUACCUCCUCGACCUGCCGAAAGACGAAGCGACCCAGACUCCAGCAGCACCUCAGAAGCAGCAAGAGUGCCAGACGGAUCCAGACUUGGCCCAGACAGAAGCUGAAGCCGCCAAGCAGCCUGAGAUGCAAGAGGAGGACAGCAGCGGCAUCGACACCCUCCCCGAGGGCGUAGCCGUGGGCGACGAAGGAGACGACUCAAGCAGCGAAGACGACGAUUCCUACAACGCCCAGAGCAUUUAUAAACCUAGAAAAGAUCCGAGCCAGUUCGACCCUCCAGCCGUCAAGAACCCAGAGCAGCUCAAGCCAGUCGUCGAAGCUGACAGCGAUGAGGAAGCAGAGGAGGACGUCGAGGACGCUAAAGGAAAGGGGAAAAACAAAAAUAAAAAUGAAAACGGCUUCCCAGCCCAGGACCGGCAGAAGGAGCCAGAACAGUCCAGCUUCCAGGGAAAAGCUCAACUUCGACGCAGAAUGGGCCGAGCGAAUCGCAGGAGCGGCCUGGACGAACAAAAGCUUCAAGAGCAGCUCAAGAAAGAAGAAGAAGAGACCCUUCAGCGCCAGAAAGAACUGGAAGCGAAACGAGAGCAAGCAGAAGCUCAGCGACGCCAGCAAGCCCUCGAGAUGCGCAAGCUUCAAGAAGAACAGGAGAUCCAGCGACGACAGGAAUUCCUGAAGAAGCAGCAAGAAGAAGCUGAGAAGCGCGAGCUCGAAAAGAAACUGGAAGCGGCGAGAAAAGAGAAGGCAAAACUGGAAGCGAAAGCGGCGGCGAAGCGACAGGUAGAAGAGAACACCAGAAUCCGCCAGGAAUACUUCGAGAAGAAGGAGCAGCAGGAACGAGAAGCCAAACAGCGCCAGGAAGCCGCCCAACAGAAGCUGCAACAGGAAACCGCCAAAGCCGCCAAAGCCGCCCAGUCCGACGACAUGCCGCUCAAGAACCCCCGAGUCAGCGUCUUCCAAGUGGCCGAAACUGGAGAGCGAGGAAAUUACUAUUUCCUCACUAAAAAACAAGCCAAGCUCAUGGAUAAGGCCAGCGUCCGCGAAGCCCUCAACUACAAACGCAGCUACAACGACAAGCUCAGCGAGGAGGAACGCCAAGCAGUCAAGGAGGCUUGGUACAGCAGCGUCAGCUUCGAGAAAUUCUCCAACACCAGGAAGCCUGACCACAAACUCGCAAAGUAUCACCGAGCGAGCGGCUGGGUAAUCAAGGAUGAGCCUCCCUUCAACGCUUCAGACCUCAUCCGCAGCCACGAGAUUCGAAUGUGCCACUACGUGUUCGAAUUUUUAAAUUACAGAGGCAUCAAGCGGCGAUUCAAAGAAGCAUACGAAGCCGGCCUCAUCGACCCACAGCGGCUGGACGUCCUCAUGGUCUUCACCAUGAAAAUCGUUGGUGGAAGGCUGGUGAAGUUCAUCCGCCAGAUGUUCGUCCGCUGUUUCCGCGACCACGACAUCGCCAUCCCCAGCAUCAACGUCGAAGCAGCCCCAGAGACAAACUACUAA